GGCUGCGAAAGAACGUUUAUCACAGUGAGCGCAUUAUUCUCCCAUAAUCGAGCCCACUUCAGAGAGCAAGAGCAGUUCUUCUGUUCGUUCCCUGGCUGUAACAAGCAGUAUGAUAAAGCCUGCCGACUGAAAAUCCACAUGAGGAGUCACACAGGUGAAAGGCCUUUUAUCUGUGAUUUUGAAGGUUGUGGCUGGUCUUUCACCAGUAUGUCCAAGCUGCUGAGACAUAAAAGGAAACAUGAAGAUGACAGGAGAUUUUUGUGCCCGGUAGAAGGCUGUGGGAAAUCCUUCACAAGAGCAGAACACUUGAAAGGUCACAGUAUAACUCACCUUGGUACGAAACCCUUUGAGUGUCCAGUAGAAGGCUGUUGUGCAAAAUUUUCAGCACGAAGUAGUCUGUAUAUUCACUCCAAAAAACAUCUCCAGGAUGUGGACUCAUUAAAGACUCGUUGCCCUGUAUCGAGCUGUAAUAAAUUGUUCACUUCCAAACACAGCAUGAAGACACACAUGGUCAAACAGCAUAACUUCAGCCCAGAUCUCCUAACUCAGCUCGAAGCAACCAGCUCCCUCACACCCAGCAGUGAACUCACUAGUCCAGGACAGAGCGAUCUCAGCAACAUAGACCUCGUAUCCCUGUUCUCCAAUGUGUCUAGUAACAGUUCUGGAAUUGCAACAGACAUGGCACUAGUGAACUCUGGAAUUGUCACGAUUGAUGUUGCUUCAGUGGGCUCAACGCUUGGAGGAAACCUGCCUGUCAGUAACAGUUCUUUAAGCCAGGCAGUCGAUCCCUUGAUACUGGUGGCUAGCAGCGAUAUGCCGCAGAGCCUGGACAGUUCUCUCUUGCUGGGAACCAGUGCAACAGUUCUACAGCAAAGCACUUUAAAUUUGGAUGAUGUGCAGACUGUCAAUGCAGAAGCCUUGGGUUCACUAGCAUCUCUGUCCGUGAGGAAUUCCAGUCAAGAUGUGCAUGGCUUGACAUCCAGCAAUAAUUUAACCAUCGACACAGCCACUUUGACUCCUUCCAGUAGCCUUGGCAGUACCAAUGUGCCUGAGUUACUAACACCAACUAAAGUUGAACGGAAUUUGCUUCCUAGCUCGGAUGUUGUUGGUCAACAAGAGGGCAGCAAAGUAGUGACGCAGUUUGUCUUCUCCAACCCUCCAGGGAGUUACAGUGCACAGAAAGAAAUGGAUCUCGGCACAGUCACUGGCAGCUCGUUUUUG